CGCCAGGCGAGAGUACAGUGUGCUUGUAUGAACGCUGUGAAGGAUCGCGUCGAGGUAGCGCACAAGGUGCACUUGACAAUCUGACCUAGAUCUGGAACAACACAACUUUCAGCAAUUACCCCUGUUGAUGUGUCGCUGUGGUUGAGUUUUUGAUUCUCUUGGAGGAGGUAGAGCAGAGAUUCUUUGUUUCUGUGUGGCUGACUCCUGCGGUGUAACUGUGACAGCGUUGGCUGGGGCGCACGUGGCACCACUAUGAACGUCACCUCUCUCUUCUCCUUCACCAGCCCGGCGGUCAAGCGACUGCUGGGCUGGAAGCAAGGCGAUGAAGAAGAGAAGUGGGCAGAGAAGGCGGUGGAUGCUCUGGUCAAGAAGCUGAAGAAGAAGAAGGGUGCUAUGGAGGAGCUGGAGAGGGCACUCAGCUGCCCCGGUCAGCCAAGCAACUGUGUCACUAUCCCCCGCUCACUGGACGGAAGGCUCCAGGUGUCACACCGGAAAGGGCUGCCUCACGUCAUCUACUGCCGUGUAUGGCGUUGGCCUGACCUGCAGUCACACCAUGAGCUCAAUGCCCUGGAGUGUUGUGAGUUCCCCUUUGGAUCUAAGCAGAAAGAUGUGUGCAUCAAUCCCUACCACUACAAGAGGGUGGACAGUCCAGUGCUGCCAUCUGUGCUGGUGCCACGAAACAGCGAGUUCAAUGCUAAACUCUCUAUGCUGCCACGCUUCCGUAACCCACUCCAUCAGACAGAACCCCCUAUGCCUCAGAAUGCCACCUUCCCUGAAUCCUUUCAACAGCAGCCAGCGAACACCCUUCCCUUCACAGCGAACUCCCCGACCAACAGCUACCCCAGCUCGCCCAACAGUGGCACAGGCAGUAUAGCCACCUUCCCCCAUUCACCAUCCAGCUCGGACCCAGCUAGCCCUUUUCAGAUGCCAGAAACCCCUCCAUCUGCUUAUAUACCCCCAGAGGAGCCAAUGACACAGGACUGUCCCCAGCCAAUGGACACUAACCUGCUAGCUCAGAACCUGCCAUUGGAGCUCAGCAACCAACCAGAUGUUCAGCCUGUGGCAUAUGCGGAACCCAAACACUGGUGCUCCAUUGUGUACUAUGAGCUGAAUAAUCGUGUGGGAGAGGCUUUCCAGGCCUCCUCAACCAGUGUACUGGUGGAUGGCUUUACCGACCCCUCCAACAACCGUAACCGUUUCUGCCUUGGUCUGCUGUCGAAUGUCAACCGCAACUCGACCAUUGAGAACACUCGACGCCACAUCGGAAAAGGAGUCCAUUUGUACUAUGUGGGAGGGGAGGUAUACGCUGAAUGUUUGAGCGACAGCAGUAUCUUUGUCCAGAGUCGCAACUGCAACUAUCACCAUGGUUUCCACCCCACCACUGUAUGCAAGAUUCCCAGUCUCUGCGGCCUAAAGAUCUUCAACAACCAGGAGUUUGCUGAGCUCUUGGCACAGUCCAUCAAUCACGGUUUUGAAGCCGUCUAUGAACUCACCAAGAUGUGCACCAUCCGCAUGAGCUUUGUAAAGAGACUGCGCAAGCUCCAGUUUGGAUCCAGCCUCUUAUGAAUACAUCAGAAGACCCAAUGACAUGAGAGGAGAUGGCACUAACCCCUACGAGAACCUCAGAUGAAGCCAACUAUAAAUAAAUAUACAGAACAGCCAAAUUUUCCUUACAUUUGAAUCAUUAUUAUCACAAAAUACAAUCAUUGUGUUCAUCGUUUGUGCUUGAAUACGUCAUUAACUAACUGCAUGAUUUGUAUUAUCCUAGACAUGUACAUUUCUGCCAUAUUGACAUUACUUUGACAUAGUUUCAUCUGAUAAAAAAUAACUCUUAAUUGUAACUUAAUAUAGAA